UACCCGAUCGGAGAAACCAUAAUUAGCUCGGGUUGAGCCAAUUUCGCUCGUAAGACACAGUCGCGCGUUUUCCGUGCCGGUGAAACGGGAUCCUCUAUCAAGACUACUGCCGUUGAUAUGAAGCCGUCGUUGGUCUUUGCUUUGUUUUGUGUUCAUCUGAGCCUGUGCUGGGCCCAGGCUCCAGGAGAUGAGGAUGCACGAUGUACAACUGAUCAUUCAAAUCCCCCACAAUAUCCUGACAAUGAGACGAAUCUCAUGGACAGUUACAGUUAUGAGAACCUCUUACCUGGAAAUGGAACUGGGAACUCUCCCAUAGCUACUGCAGUCUGGAACGACUUCAGUUUUGAUGGAAAUGAUGUCACUCCUGAAACACUGAGCCCAACUUAUUGGCAGCAAGGAGCUGGAGGAAUAUGUCGAUUUCAGACACGAGUUUGUGGAUGGAGGCAGAAUGGUGUCGUAGUUUCUCAGAAUAACUGGCUCUUUACUCAACACAUCAGUUCAGAUUUUGACUCCAACAUUUACAACUAUGAUGUGACAAUACAUGUAGAGGCAACUUACUCAUUGCAGAGUUGCAGAGAAAGGCAAGGUUGUAGACAAAGAUUCAAUCUUCUCCACUACAUGACUAACUCACAACAGCUCCCCAGUACCAGUGGAAAUGGAUACAUGAAUACCCAAAAUUAUGAAAAUUUUGCAGUACCAGAAGGACCUGUUUCCUCAAGGACAUACACCAAUACCUACAAUUUCACUCUGCCACCAUCUUCCACUGGUUUCUACAUAGCUGUCCAGGACAUUGGGUCAUGUAUAGCUCUAUCAAGACUGAGAGUCUAUCGCAACAACUGCAAGUCUCGUCAGCUUGGACUGGUCCUCUAUCCUGAUGCUCCUGCUCCAGUGUCUGGCUCAGCAAAUAUCGAUAUCAGUUGUGUUGAGAAUGCAGUGGUCUCUGGAAGCUCAGAAGUCACAUGUUUCAGUAAUGGAACAUGGGGUCCUGAGACCCCUGUGUGUCAGUGUAAAUGCGGCUAUGAACCAAAUAGGGGGGCUACAAGGUGCAAUGCCUGUCCAGCUGAUCACUGGUCAGACGGUACAGUGUGCCGGCAGUGUCCUGCCAAUACUAGGACAACCCAGGAAGCUGCUUGUUCCUGUCCCUGUAAAGAUGGCUACUUCAGAAACAAUGAAACUUCAACAGAAAAGAGACAAUAUGAAAGCCCUGUUGAUGAAGAUUUCACCUACGGAUGCACAAAACCUCCUAGUGCUCCAAGUGAUGUGUUACUGCCAGCAACUAACACGAGUAUAACUGUCGAAUGGUCAGCACCAGCAGACCUUGGUGGGAGGACAGCAGAUCUCUACUAUCAGGUGGAAAUCAGUGACCCAGACAACCUGGGGUCAUACAUUGGGACAGUGUAUGUCCCUGGGUCCACGGAAAUGCGCAUUUUCACUGGCCUCAGACCAUGCACAGACUACUGUGUUAGAGUGACGUCUGAGAAUGGAGUCAGCGACCAGGACCCCACUAGUAAAGACAGCAGGACUGCGACACAAUGCAUCAGAACAGAGGAAGGAUGGUUUGGACCUGUCAAAGACCUUCAGUGUUUUGAGCAGGUGGUAGUGUGGGAGCGGCCUGAGACGCCGAGAGAUUGUGAGCUGGACCAGUAUCAAGUGAUCGUCAGGAAGAACGACAUGGAAAUAAAAAGAUUUCGUAGGGAGCAGUCUUUCCUCGUAUUGGAAAAUACCCCAGAGUUACGUGGAGUAUCUGGUACCCUGUUUAUGGAGGUGGUGGCGUUUAAUGAAGCUGGUCCCGGAGAGAGUAUCUGUAAAAUUAGAGCAGACAUGAAUGAAAACGGCGAAACUCAGUGUACAAUUUUCGGCUGUAAUGAGUGUCCAGAGCAGACGAUGACAACGGAGCUUGUCCGCUAUCCAAAGACUACAGUUGAUGAAGGAGGAGAAUGUGUCAAUGUGACUGCAGCCUGUGUGGAGAACGCAGUACCACUCAGCUCCAGUCUGGAGGUGACAUGCUGCUCUGGAGGUGUCUGGCAGGUUAACAAGGAGCUUCGGUGCAAAUGUAUUGACAACUACAAACCCACUGAUGCUGGGACUUGCAUAGAUGCUGCAAAGUGCCCUACCUGUCCUGAGAAUAUUACUGCCAGCGUCACUCAAGACUGCACUGACCUUAUCCUGACCUGGUCGCCAGUUGAUGGUGCUCGGCAGUACUCUGUGCGAAUGCAUGAGAAGGGUGUAUACAUUAUCAACACGACAGUCAACAACAACUUGUACAAAGCCAGUCUAAUCGACAGCAAGAUAAAGGAUAAAACCCUAACUCUUGAGAUUGCUGCAUUGCUUGGUAGUUCCAAUGAAGGUACUCAAAAUAACCAUGCUUCUAUCAGCAUAGACACUAAAGGAGCAGACGCUCCUCACGAGAAUUGCAUUGAUGUCGGUCCCAACGCCAGGGCUGAGUUUGAGACUCAGCUCAUGGACAGCUACGCCCACGAGGUUCUUCUACCAGAGAGCCCUUCCACUACCGGUGCUGCAGUCUGGAGCGAAUUCAGUUUCGAUGGGAACGAUGAUCCGAUGAAUGAUAAGCCUUCCUGGGAGCCGAUAACAGGGACCUCAGAAUGCAGGCGGAAUGUUCAGGUGUGUGGCUGGAAUAGAGAAGGAGAUAGACAGGAUAACUGGCUAUUCACCCAACACAUCAGUCAGGGAGAUUUCGAUCCAAACACCUUCAGCUACCCCGUGGAGAUUCACGUAGAUAUCAAUUUUGGAGUAGCAAACUGCAAAGGUCUGGAUGAGUUUGGGGGAGGCUGUAAUCGUAGGUUUGACCUAUACAAGUAUGAAACUAAUACAAGUCAGCCUUCGAGCACUGAAGGAGAAGGAUUCAUGAACCGCCAAAACUAUGAAAGUUUUGCUGUGGAAAACACUCCUGGAAGAGGCCCAAGAACAACUAUGAAAAACUCUACAUUUACUCUGCCACCAUCUUCCACUGGUUUCUACAUAGCUGUCCAGGACACUGGGUCGUGUUUAACUAUCUUAAGAAUGAGAGUCUAUCACAACAACUGCAAGUCUCGUCAGGAUAGACUGGUCCUCUAUCCUGAUGCUCCUGCUCCAGUGUCUGGCUCAACAAAUAUUAGUAUCAGUUGUGUUGAGAAUGCAGUGGUCUCUAGAAGCUCAGAAGUCACAUGUUUCAGUAAUGGAACAUGGGGUUCUCAGAAUCCUGUGUGUCGGUGUAGACCUGGAUAUGUCACAAAUACAACUGCAUGCAAUGCAUGUCCAGCUGGUCAAUUCAGGUCAGAAGAACAUGCAGAGUGCCAGGAUUGUCCUGCCAACACUGUGAGUCCUCGGGGAGCUGCCGCAGUGUGCCUCUGCUCUGAUGGCUACUUCAGAAACACCGAGACCCACACUCACCCCAAAGCUCUCAGGUUUGUUGAAGAAGCGACUGAAACGGCCAGUAACGACUGUACGAAACCUCCGGGUCCUCCACACAGCCUUUCACUGAGUCCCCAACAGAGCAGUAUAACUGCCAGAUGGUCAGAUCCAGCAGACCUUGGUGGGAGGAGAGAUCUCUACUAUCAGUUGGAAAUCAGUGACCCAGACAACCUGGGGUCAUAUACUGGGACAGUAUUCCUCAGUGGAAGUACCACCAGUAGGACAAUCUCUGACCUAAGACCACACACUCAGUACUGUGUCAGAGUGACAGCCCACAAUGGAGUCAGUGAUCAGGACCCCGGGAAAAGCGAGCUCAGAACAACAACACAAUGUGGAGAUACACUGGAAAGUGAGCCAGGACCAGUGAGCAACCUGAUCAGUAUCUACCCAAUUGUGCUAUGGCAAAAGCCGCUGAGACCCAAUGGAGUCAUUCUACUCUACGAGCUGACAUUAACCAGAAAUGGAUCGACCAAAACUCCCACCACAAACGCUCUGCAGACAUUCUUUGCUGCAAAUGAAGAGUCGUUGCCAGAGGGCCCUGGAAGCUUCACAGUCCAAGUGAGGGCCAUAAACAGUGCAGGAAGCGGAGAGAGCCUGUGCCAACUGACAGUCAAUCCAGACAUCUGCUCCGCAGAACCACAGAGGUGCACGGUGUGUGAAGAGAAGACAGUGGGCCUCGUACGCUACCCCGCCACAGCUGCUCCCCAGGGGGAGGGGUCUGUUGCCAAGCGGGUCACAGCUGAGUGUGUGGAGAAUGCAGUACCACUGGGCCCCAGUCUGGAGGUGACGUGUUCUUCGGAUGGAGUCUGGGGCGGCGAGGAGCCUCAGUGUGAAUGUAUCGACUACUACAUUGAGAAAGCCAGUGCUUGUACAGCUCCUACCGAUGAGCCCCCAAGUGCUCCACCAACACAGUCAACCAACAACACUACCACCAACAACUGCCCUGAAGUGGGAGGCACAGGAGGUCUCUCCAAGACAACCACCACCAGCUGUGAUUUUCCUCUUGCUGCUGUUCUGAUCACGUUUGCUGCGACUGCCACAGGGAUGGGACUCUUAGCAACUGUCGUCCUCAUACUGGUGGUGGUGGGCUUUAAAAGGAAACUCAGGACCACCGCUACUAGCAGUAACGAGUAUUCCUUGGCACCAGUUAAAACAGGGUUGUAGUUUUCCAUGCAUUUUUUUACUUGUUUGUAUUUUUAAUCACAAUACAACUGACAUUAGCGAGCCAGCAUUGAGAAUAAAUGUUACUCGUUGUAAAAAAUAACACAAAUUUCAUUACACGACAUAAAUUUGUAGAUAAAAACAGACUUUAACUUCUGUAUAUACAGACAACAUGAGAGUAUCUAUAAUUACAUAUACCUCAGUAAUCCCACUUGCUCUGCAAGUGUUUCUUGACUCUUAUCUUGUAGGUCUUCAUUUUGUGUUUGUGACACACGCAGGCUAUAGCGCACGAGAACCCGCCUGAGAGAAACCCGACUAUGAGCGAGAAAGCCACGGCGCUGCCCGCCAUGUGGUAGGCACAGCGCUCUAGGUCGGAUUGGGAGCGUUCCUGCUCCGUCUCAACUGAUGGGUCCUCAGUGCUAGCCGAUGGUUUAUCAGUGGUUGGGGAAGUGGUUGCAGUGGGCCCAGUGGUUGGGGAAGUGGUUGCAGUGGGCCCAGUGGUCGGGGUAGUUU